UCCCUCCCGCCGCCGCCCGGGCCCGGCCCCAGUCCCGGCCCUGCUCCUGCCCGCCUCUUUUAUACGGACGGAGGCGCCCGGCCUGGGGGGCCGCCGGGCCUGCCUCCCCCGCGCCGGGGGCGAAGGGGACCCCGCGGCUGGGAUGAGGUUUCACAUAGACUGAGAAAGAAGAAUGAUGAUGAUGAUGGAGGUCUAUGCAGGAAGAAGAUGGCGCGUGGGACUUAGGUCCCAACUGUUUGGUGGAACAAAACCUCUGCUUUAAGAUCUCUGGAUGGAGUCUCUCAUCUCAGCCCAGAAUUUCACAAAUUAGACCGUUCUUCUUUGUAUUAGACAAUUAAAAGGUAUUUGGAAGCUGCUGUGGAGCCAGGCAAUGCUAUAUGGCAAAAGAAAAAGAUUGAAUGUAGAAAUCCCAGACAAAAUUAUCUACAGUGACAGUACACCUGAGAGGCAGACCUUUAAUAGACAACUUUGACAUCCACACUGUGAGGACCAAAGAAUGUGUUUACUGACAUCAGACUGGUAUCCAGCCAAAGAGGAGGCCGGGCAGAGUGCAAUUCUAAAAUUGCUUCAUCUCAUUUGCUAAAGUUAUGACACAUUUGCAAGUGUGGUUCGUGUGGCUUUAUUUGUUAUCAUCGGCGUUCAGCUGCAUUCUACGUGUUACAUUUUGGAUUUUCUGCUAUUAUCAGCUACAUGUGGGAACUAAAUUUCUCAGUAAUAGGGAGCACAGAAGCUGCAAGAAGGGCAGUGUGAAGUGACGGCAGAAACUCCACAGCUGGUUGGCUUUGAACAGGAGAAGCAAACGGGAGACGAUGAUAAAACUUUAAAGGCACAUAAGGAAGGCAACCCUGAGAAACCACUGGAAAUGAACGGGCAUACGUCAGUGCCACAUUCCUAUGACUAUGAUCUCAUUGUUAUUGGUGGGGGCUCAGGUGGUCUGGCAGCUGCCAAGGAGGCUGCCAAAUAUGAAAAGAAAGUGAUGGUGCUGGACUUUGUCACACCUACGCCUCUGGGAAACUCAUGGGGUCUUGGAGGAACAUGUGUAAAUGUCGGCUGUAUACCUAAAAAACUGAUGCACCAGGCAGCUUUACUGGGACAGGCCUUGCAAGAUUCACGCAAAUUUGGAUGGCAGUUUACAGAAGAAGUCAAACACAACUGGAUGACCAUGACAGAAGCUGUUCAGAAUUACAUAGGUUCACUGAACUGGGGCUAUCGGGUUGCACUGAGAGAGAAGAAGGUCACAUAUGAGAAUGCAUAUGGAGAAUUCGUUGGGCCACACACAGUUAAGGCAACAAAUAAAAGAGGAGUGGAGAAGCUGUACACGGCUGAGAGAUUUCUCAUUGCCACUGGUGAACGACCACGCUACCUGGGUAUACCUGGAGACAAGGAAUACUGCAUUAGCAGUGAUGAUCUUUUCUCUCUACCUUACUGCCCAGGGAAAACCCUGGUGGUUGGAGCUUCCUAUGUUGCCUUGGAAUGUGCCGGAUUUCUUGCAGGUCUUGGAUUAGAUGUCACUGUAAUGGUGAGGUCCAUCCUCUUAAGAGGGUUUGAUCAGGAUAUUGCAAACAAAAUUGGUGAAUAUAUGGAAGGACAUGGAGUCAACUUUAUUAGGGAGUUUGUGCCGAUCAAGGUUGAGCAGAUUGAGGAAGGAACUCCUGGAAGAUUGAAAGUUACAGCCAAGUCCACAAAGGGGAACCAAAUAAUUGAAGGGGAAUACAAUACUGUGUUGCUAGCAAUUGGAAGAGAUGCAUGCACAAGAAAAAUUGGUCUGGACAAAGUUGGAGUGGUGAUCAAUGAAAAAACAGGAAAAGUACCUGUCAACGAUGAGGAGCAAACAAAUGUGCCAUAUAUCUAUGCUAUUGGAGAUAUACUGCAGGACAAGCUGGAACUGACACCAGUGGCAAUCCAGGCAGGAAGACUCUUAGUUCAAAGGCUAUAUGGUGGGGCAACCAGAAAGUGUGACUAUGUGAAUGUUCCAACUACUGUGUUCACUCCUUUGGAGUAUGGAGCCUGUGGGUAUUCUGAAGAGUCUGCGGUGGAGAAGUUUGGGGAGGAAAACAUUGAGGUAUACCACAGUCAUUUCUGGCCACUGGAAUGGACUGUGCCAUCUAGAGACAACAACAAAUGCUACGCAAAGAUAAUUUGCAAUAUCCAAGAUAAUGAGAGAGUCAUUGGCUUCCAUGUCCUUGGCCCAAAUGCUGGAGAAGUCACACAAGGGUUCGCAGCUGCUAUUAAAUGUGGGAUAACAAAAGAACAGCUGGAUGACACCAUAGGAAUUCAUCCCGUCUGUGCAGAGAUAUUCACCACCCUGUCCGUGACCAAGCGUUCUGGUGGAAAUAUCCUUCAGUCUGGAUGCUGAGGUUAAAGACCCCCAUUCUUGUUAUUGCCAGAGACUAACUUUCGUUGCAGUGUCUGACUUGCACAAUUCAAAAGAAAGAUUAUGGGAGAAGUUGUCCUUGGAUGUCUACAGAAGUGUGUAGAUCUUAACCAGGACGUUCCAUCAUCGUAAGGAGAAGAGCACUGUGAGAGUCAGGUGACUCGUGGCGACUGACUGGCAAUUAGCAAUGCAAUGGGAAUAUUGACUCUCGAGCUGUUGCGUAACAGGGCAUUUAACAAAUGCUUUCAUGAAGUCAUAGCCUGAAACCUGCAUUGUCUGGUGGGUAGUGACGGAAGAACUGUGAGCACAGCUGGAAAACAACUGUCUUCUUGUGGUUUUGUUCCUCUCUAGUUUCUUACCUGUAACAAAGAACUUCCAAACUCAGGAAAAUGACUACAAAUUUAGAUAAUUGUGUAGUGCCUCUGUGUACUGGGUUAUAAGACACCAGUUGUGAGGUCUCAUGACCAUGCCUUUUACCAGCUGCCAUGCCUCUGGAGGGGAAAUUGUAUCUACGUGCCUGGUCACGAGGAAGAAGAUCCCCUUGGAAAAAAACAGUACCAUUUAGAAUAAUGCAUUUCUUGGCUUCCAAACUGACUCAUUAUUUUUCAUUGCACAGAAACUUACUUGUGAAAACAUUGUCCUGAGGAGAAAGAAAAAUAACUCUUUGUUAAGGCCUUGUUAUACAGAAAGCUGCUUUUUUUUUUGCCUUUGAAAGUAGCAGCCAUGCACAUAACAAAGAUGUGAUCUUGGCUUUAUCUUGCAGCUCAUGUACUUAUAAUUAAUCCAAUCUGGAACUUUCAGAAUUCCAGUGUGGUAUGAAUUAUACUUCCAAGAGCUCUGUGCAACUUUAUUAAAUUUGAAUAAACUCUUCCUUGCUGGGUGAGCUAUUGUAUGCUGCGCUUUUUCAGGUCUAAAUUUGUCACUUUGAAUGCAGCAGUAGUGAGACUUUCCCUCAACUUAGCGGGCCUGAAGAAUCAAAAAAACAAACAACACCCACUCCCCCCCCCAAAGCAAACAAGCAAACCAACCCCUCACUCAACCUCUAAAAACCAAUAGUGAAAAAAAUCUAUGUAGAUAUGGCCUAAAAGCUGUAUUUAGUACCACAUGUGCUCUGUUUUGUAUUUAAUUAAGAAAACAAUACUUUUAAAACAGAGGUUUCCGUGAAAAAUAAGAAAUUCUUAAAUACUCCUCCUGUGUUGGAUGAACUGCAUAUAGGUUUUCAAGAAAUGGUGAAAAUGUUUCUUUGUAAUGGAAUUUAAUGUAUUUUUUGAUCUGAUUUUUCAUUUCCCCCUGUUUCAGCAGAAAGGUUAUUUUUAUUAAAUGGUUCUCAGGAGUUUCAUAGUGUGGUGUGAACAGGGGGUAAAUUCUCCCACCCUCUGGGCAGAAUGCCUUAAACCUAAAUUUCUACCUGGUAACAAAGUCAUGCAUUUCUACUGAGAUUUCUAGAAUAGUGUUAUAAGUUAUUUUUAUAAACUCAUACAUAACUGAAGGAUUUUUAAACAUAUUUUGUAUGGUAUCAGGAACAGUCUGUGAUGGAUAUUUUUCUGGCCAGUUUAUUAAAUAAAUUGAAUAUUUGCACAAACAGAUAUUCAUUUUGUUGCCUCUUCCAAGCAAAAGAAACCGGGUGACAGCAAGCUUGACUUUACUUUUUAAGACCAGAAGAGGGCACCUUGAUAAACCCAGCUGCAAUUUGUUUAUGUCUUUGAAUUUCAAAAGGAGAUAUUUCUCAGAGAAACAGGGUCUGCAGCUAUUUUAUAUGCUUUUUUUGUUUUUCUUGAAUGUUAUAUAUUUAAGAAGGACAUACUUAAAAAUAAGAAAUUAGGAAACCAGCAUUUCACUGUUAGCAGUAGCUGCUGUCUAUGUAACUUCUGAAGACCCAGGGAGUACAGGUUCCUGAGCUGUUUGGUGAUGUAUCCAUAUUUAAGCAUGUGGAAUAGCAGCAUUUUCAAGCUGCUAGAAAUUUCAAGCAUUUUCAAGAAGUCACAUCCUGGGGUGCAGGAAAUAAAGACAUACAUGAACUUGGCUUUGAAA